AUGACUCUGAGCUCGGAGAUGUCCGAUGCCUCGGGACUGGCUGAAGAGACCGACAUCGAUGUGGUGGGCGAGGGCGAGGAGGAAGACGAGGAGCCCCGGCGCGGCGGGCGCCCCUAUGCCCAGGAGGAGGAAGAGGAGGAGGAGGAGGAAGACGAGGAGGUGGGGGAGCUCCCCGAUGACAUCUCGCUGCCCAGGUCCCCGGCGUGCGGCGGCGCGGGCAGCUCCCCCACCUCCUCCCAGCGCCCCUACAAGGCGGCGGCGGGCGGCGGCGGGGCCAGCAAGAACAGCCUGGUGAAGCCGCCCUACUCCUACAUCGCGCUCAUCACCAUGGCCAUCCUGCAGAGCCCCAAGAAGCGCCUGACGCUCAGCGAGAUCUGCGAGUUCAUCAGCGGCCGCUUCCCCUACUACCGGGAGAAGUUCCCCGCCUGGCAGAACAGCAUCCGCCACAACCUCUCGCUCAACGACUGCUUCGUCAAGAUCCCCCGCGAGCCCGGCAACCCGGGCAAGGGCAACUACUGGACCCUGGACCCGGAGUCCGCCGACAUGUUCGACAACGGCAGCUUCCUGCGCCGGAGGAAGCGCUUCAAGCGGCAGCCGCUGCCGGCGCCCGAGCUGCUGCUGCGCGGGGUGGAUCCCGGCACCUUCCUGCAGCAGCAGCCGCCGCCGCAGCAGCCGGCGCCCUACGGCUACGGACCCUACAGCUGUGGAUAUGGCAUUCAGCUCCAGCCUUACCACCCCCACUCCGCCGCCCUCUUUGCCUUUCACCACCACUCCCCGCCGGCCCGGCAGCCGCCCCCGAGCGCCGCCGGCCCCGUGCUGCCUCCUGCUGCUGCUCCUGCGGCUCCACCAGCCUCCUUACUGCCAGCGGCGGAGCUGGCCAGGACCUUCAGCUACCCGCCCCAGCUUAGCCCGUCCCUGACUUCUUCUCUGCACGCUGCCAAGUCCAGCAGCUCGGCUCUGGCCCGGUCCCCCUUCUCCAUUGAGAGCAUCAUCGGGGGGGCUGGCAGCAGCUGUGCGUCCCAGUCUGCCGUGGUUCCCGUCUUAGCCAGGUCUCUGGUUUCUUCGUCCUCCGUUUCUUCUGCCGCCGCGGCCUUAGGGGCACUGCACCAAGGGACAGCCUUGUCCAAUGUCGAAAACUUUACUGCUAGGAUUUCAAAUUGUUAG